AUGAGAGAAUAUAAAAGGAAUCCAGAAAAAUAUAUUUAUAUGGGAUAGGGUAUUACUCCAGAAAGAGGAGGUGGACCAUAUACUUUGAUCCAUACAAAAUAUUAGGCAUUAACUAGAGCAUAAAGAAAAAGACAUAUAAGAACUAUCUAAGGACACUAUUUCACCUCUGAGUUUGCUAGUGAAGAUGUAGCCUUUACCUUUUUAUUAAAUGGAUUAUCUAAUAUUAAUUAUAGUGAUGAUUUUGAACCCUCAUAUGAAUAUAUGGAUUUUUUAUUUGAAUUAGGUAGAUUCUAAAUUAAAAUUAGAUAAUGUAAUUGGAGUUCCUUAAAGAGCCAUGUAAAAGACUAAAGAAUAUAAUGAUUUGUAUGUGAAAAAUUAAGUUGUCAGAACUAUGGUUGAGUCUUUCAAUUUUGCAGGUAGUAGAGAGAUUGCUAGACCUUUUGAAAGCAUAAAAAAUUAGAGAGCUAUUGUUCAAGCUUAUUGUAAUAGUGAUAGAUGCUCUUUUACUCAUCCGGAAUUAGCAUAUUGGGAUAGAGUUCCAGAAGAAUUAAUCAAUAAAAUAGCAACAUAUUAUUAUAAUAAUCAUCCUCAUAUGAAAUACAUGCUUUAUAUGUAUGCAUUGAUGGCUAGAAGAUGUGAUUUAGACUUUGCAAAAUAAGAAGUUGGAUUGGAUUCAACUAAUCCUUAUUUUCAAGCUAUAUAAAAGGGAAGAGCAGCUUUGAUGAAAAUAUUAGAUUAAUUAGGUUUAGGUGAUAAUAGUACACCAAUGAUAGCUAUUUGGAAACAACAUUUAGGAUGUUAAUUAUAAUCAAUGAAUAUGGAAGUCAAUUAGAAAUUUUCAACAUUUAGAACUUUGAAUUAAUUAUAAUUAUAUUAGGCAAAGAAAAUGGUCAAGUAGGGAAUAUUAGAAACUGAUAUUAUUGCAUGUUAAAGAAAAUUGAGAAUUUUGUAAUCUACAUUAGCAAACAUGACAUCUUUCGCUGGUAAGGGUUGA